UACAACAAUAGAUUCAAUGUAUGGUUAAUGUCGGCCGUCGGCAGUUUGCUGGUCGGUAUCCUAUCGAUGGUACCAUUGUUUUUGAUAUCGCAAUCUAACUACCAGUUUAUCGAUAGUAGUAAUAAUAAUAGUAGUAGUGGUGAUAAAAACAGCACAAAUUUUGUGUCAUUGAAAUAUGUGUUAAGUUUCGCUGUCGGCGGACUACUCGGUGACGUAUUUUUUCAUCUAUUGCCCGAAGCCAGUGACCAAUUGAUGACUACCGGUAUGAGUGCACGUUAUCUACAAUUAUAUCUAGGAUUCUGGAUAUUGACCGGUGUUUUGUGUUUCUCAUUUGCACAGCACCUGUCUAUACAUCUAAAUAGUGUUCAACAACAACAACAUUGCAAUAGUCUUAAUAAUAGUGAUAAUAAUAAUAUUAAUUCAAACAACAACAAAAUUAACAACAAUAAUAAUAACAGCAAACAUAAGCCAACAACAAAUGUUUGCCAAACUAAUGAUAUAUCGGGUUAUCUGAAUCUAUUGGCCAAUUCAUUGGAUAAUCUUACCCAUGGACUGGCCAUCGGUGCCAGUUUUCUGGUAAACACGAAAACAGGUUUGUUGACUACACUGGCCAUUGCCAUACAUGAGAUACCGCACGAAAUUGGCGACUUUGCCAUACUGGUCAAAUGCGGUUUUACAAAAUGGCAGGCCAUUCGGGCACAGUUAUCCAUAUCGUCGAUCACCGUAAUUGGUGCCUUCAUUGUCCUGUUAGCCGAUUCGGUGAAGACCAUCAAUAUUAACAUCGCAUGGAUAUUGCCGUUCACUUCGGGCGCCUUUCUGUAUAUUUCGUUGACCACUAUAUUACCCGAACUGUUAACCGAAACACAGACCAGUCGUUCGCUAAUACAGUCGCUGUUAAUCAUAGCCGGUAUCGCUAUAAUGGCGUCACUUAAUAGUAUGGCUAUUGAUUGA